AUGAAACAAAGGCUCUCCUCAAAGUUGAAACUGAUGGUUAAGGUUGCUGAAGCUGAUCGUCGAGCAAGGGGGGGAGUGGAGCCUCUCAUGACAAUGGGCAAAGGAAGUAGUGAAAAAGGGACUAUAGCUGUAGAGGAGAUUUGCGAUGGUUGGCAGAGUCAAAGGGAAGAUUUUGAGGUCCAUGGGGAGAAUAGACAUUUGCGGCGUCUGGGUGAACCUGGUUCAGGUUUAUUAGGUGUUCCACUUAUUACUGCCCAUGAUCCAAUAUUCAAAAUUGAUGAUAGAUGUCCCAUAAUUAAUGUUGGUCUAAUGAACUCUGAUGCUGUGACCACUGAGACAAUAGUGAGCCUUAAGGGUGAAAAGAAUAGAUGA